AUGCGCAAACACCACACCAAGCCGGCGCAGAAAAAAGCACUGGGCGGCGGAUCCAAACAGCAGAUCGGCGGCGGCACCGGAUUCAAGGGAUUCAAGCUCGCUGCCUCUGCAUCCUCGCCGCUAGCCAAGCCAGCAGUGGCUAAUGGCGCCAAGCCAAAGGGCUUCGAGAAGCUGGCUGACGAAGCGCCAAAAGUAAUGCAGAUUGUCGCAGCGCAGGGCGACACAAUAGUCGGCGAGGGCGAGCAGAAGCUUGGCCCGCUGGUGAUCCCCGUCAAGCGCAAUGCGAACUGGAUGGAGCACGCGCGCAAUCCAGCAGCAGCCGACAACGAGGAGCAGCAUGGGCUGCAGAUGAUGUCAAAGCGACGCAUGCCAUCCGUCACCUCACAGGCGACAGCAGAGGAGCUGGUGAUUGAAGCCAAGGAGCGCGAGCGCCAGGCAUUCGACGACGACAUUGGCGAGUGUGCCGACGAGGCCAGCGAGGACGCCUAUGAGCGCGUGCCGAUCGAGGAGUUCGGGCUGGCGAUGCUGCGCGGCAUGGGCUGGACCUGA